AUGAACACAGGCUCUCAAAUCCGCCUGUUGCUGUGGAAGAACUGGACCCUCCGCAAGAGACAGAAGGUCCGCUUCCUGGUUGAGAUCUUCUGGCCGGUGUUGUUAUUUGUUGGUUUGGUGUGGCUGAGGAAGGCCAAUCCACUGUACAAACAACAUGAAUGUCAUUUUCCCAACAAGGCCAUGCCGUCAGCAGGGAUUCUCCCCUGGAUACAGGGCAUCUUCUGCAACGCCAACAACCCCUGCUUCAGAUAUCCCACCAGAGGAGAGUCUCCAGGUGUUGUGUCCAACUAUAACAACUCAGUAUUGGCACGCUUCUAUGUUGAUGCCCAGGAGCUUCUGCUCAAUGAGACAGAGGUCCAACAGCUUGGCCGUCUUUGGCACCAAAUGACAUCCUUCGCUAACUUCAUGGACACUUUACGCCGCAACCCAUCUCUGCUGUCAGGCCGUGGGCUGAAGGUAGAUGAUAUUCUGAAGGACGACGAGGUUUUCACAGCCUAUCUUUUGCGAGAUGUUCCACUCUCGGAAUCUAUAGUCUACCAACUCGUCAAUGCAGAGAUACGACUAGAACAGUUCGCCUUUGGUAUCCCAGACCUGCAGCUGAAAGACAUAGCCUGCAGUCAGGCCCUGCUGGAGCGCUUCAUCAUCUUCCCCAGUCGCAUGGGGCUCCAUGGGGUCCGCAACGCCAUGUGUGCCCUCAGCCAGCAAAGUUUGCAGAAGAUAGAGGACGUCCUUUAUGCCAAUUUAGACUUCUUCAAAAUCUUCAAACUUAUGCCUCAGGUUGUGGACAGCAGCUCAGAGGGGAUCGACCUGCACUUCUGGGGCCGGGUUCUUAAGGCGGUGUCGGAGAGGAUCCAAGUUCUGAUGAAUCGUGAGAGCUCUCAGGAGCUCCUGAAGACUGUUUCUUCACUGUUUCAAGACGGGGGUCCCACCUCGUUCGCCCAGCUGUUGUCCAGUGUGUCAAACCUCUUCUGUGGGUACCCAGAGGGAGGCGGGUCUAGAGUCCUGUCCUUCAACUGGUACGAGGACAACAACUACAAAGUGUUUCUGGGAGUCAAUGGAACCAAGAGCCAAAGCUAUGUCUAUGACAACUCUGCAACUCCGUUCUGCAACGCCCUGAUGCAGACCAUGGAGGCCAACCCGGUCACAAAGAUUGUCUGGAAUUCAGUCAAGCCCCUGCUGAUGGGAAAGAUCCUGUACACCCCCAACUCCCCUGCCGUCCACCAGAUAUUAAAGAGUGCCAACACAACAUUUGAAGAGCUAGAGAGGCUGCAGAACAUGGCCAAGGCCUGGGAGGAGUUGGGGCCUCAGCUGUGGGCUUUCUUCCAGAACAGCGUCCAGAUGAACAUGAUCAGGGACACCCUGAGAAACCCCACGGUGAAGAACUUUGUGGACAACAGUCUGCAGGACACUGACUUCACCACCAAAGACAUUUUGAACUUUCUGUACAACGGUCCAGAGGAUUGGCGGGAGCCAGGCAUGCGCAACUUUGACUGGAGGACAAUUUUUAACACAACUGACCAGAUCAUACGCAUGUUCAACAAGUAUGGAGAGUGCAUCAAUCUGGAUAAGUUUGUGCCUUUCACCGAUGAGUCCCAGAUGAUCCAUCAGGCCUUGCACCUGCUGGAGAAGAACAAGUUUUGGGCCGGGGUGGUCUUCAUGGACACGUAUCCCUGGACCACAAGUGUUCCCUCGCAUGUCAAGUACAAGAUCCGCAUGGACAUCGACGCGGUGGAGCGGACCAACAAGAUCAGAGACAGGUAUUGGGACCCCGGCCCCAGAGCAGACCCCAUGGAGGACCAGAGGUACAUCUGGGGGGGCUUUGCCUACCUGCAGGACAUGAUUGAACAUGGCAUCAUCAAGCUUCACACAGGAAACGACUGGCCACUCGGGGUCUACGUCCAGCAGAUGCCAUACCCGUGCUAUGUAGAUGACCUAUUUAUGAUCACGCUGAACCGCUGCUUCCCCUUGUUCAUGGUGCUGGCUUGGAUCUACUCUGUGUCCAUGACUGUGAAGAGCAUCGUGCUGGAGAAAGAGAUGCGCCUUAAGGAGACUCUCAAAGCCAUGGGCGUCCACAACGGAGUCAUCUGGUACACGUGUUUCAUCGACAGCUUCAUUAUGAUGACCGCAAGCACGGCACUGCUCACCACUAUCAUCAUGGGUGGAAAGGUGCUAAAUUACAGCAACCCCCUCCUCGUCUUCUUCUUCCUGCUGACGUUCACUGUCACCACCAUCAUGCAGUGUUUCCUGAUGAGUGUUUUCUUCAACAAGGCAAACCUGGCAGCUGCCUGCAGCGGCAUCAUCUACUUCACACUCUAUCUGCCACACAUACUCUGCUUCGCUUGGCAGGACCGCAUCACCAAGAACAUGAAACUAGCAGCUAGCUUGUUGUCUCCUGUGGCCUUUGGCUUUGGGACGGAGUACCUGUCGCGCUAUGAGGAGCAGGGUUUAGGUCUGCAGUGGAACAACAUCCGGACCAGCCCGUUAGAGAAAGACAAAUACUCCUUCCUCACCUCCAUCCUCAUGAUGGUGUUCGAUGCUGUCCUCUACGCCUUCCUGGCCUGGUAUCUGGAUAAUGUCUUCCCAGGACAGUACGGCAUUGGUCGACCAUUUUAUUUCCCAUUCCAGCCCUCUUACUGGCAAAGUGCUGCAUCUUCACACUCAGAAACAGCUGAGCAAGAUCCUGACAAACCUGAAGCAAACAACGUGGAGAAGGAUGUAGAGAGCACGGGCACGCCAGAGAUGUACUGUAACGGUUCAGCAAGCAAGAAAGCCUGUAAGCACCAGAGUAAGAGGGAGCGGCUGGAGAGGGAGAAGGAGAUGCUGAGAAAACAAGAGGAGACUGCAAAUCAGGAGGAGGAGGGACAGGAGGAGGGGACUGAAGGUCAGUUGUUCUUUGAAGCUGACCCGGUGGGCCUGGUCCUGGGGGUGGAGAUUCAGAACCUGGUGAAGGUGUUUGAUGGAAGUUCUCGUCCAGCCGUCAAUGGUCUCAACAUCAACUUUUAUGAAAGCCAGAUCACAUCCUUUCUGGGACACAAUGGCGCUGGGAAAACCACCACUAUGUCCAUCCUGACCGGCAUGUUCCCUCCCACAUCUGGCACGGCAUACAUUAACGGAAGAGACAUCCGAACAGACAUGGACACCAUCCGCUCAUCUCUGGGGAUGUGUCCUCAGUACAACAUCCUCUUUAAACAUCUCACAGUGGAGGAGCACAUCCUGUUCUAUUCACUGCUAAAAGGUCGGACUCAGGAAGAGGCGGAGAGGGAGGUGGAGGACAUGCUGGUCGACCUCGGGCUGCCUCACAAGAGGGAUGACGAGGCUCAGAAUCUCUCAGGGGGCAUGCAGAGGAAACUGUCAGUCGCCAUGGCGUUUGUAGGCGGGUCAAAAGUUGUGAUCCUGGACGAACCCACUUCUGGAGUUGACCCUUACUCCAGAAGAUCCAUCUGGGAUCUCCUGCUUAAAUACAGAGCUGGCCGGACAGUGAUUCUGUCGACUCAUCACAUGGACGAGGCCGACCUGCUGAGCGACCGCAUCGCCAUCAUCUCCAAAGGACAACUCCACUGCUGCGGAUCCCCCCUCUUCCUCAAAAACUGCUUCGGUGUUGGUUUCUAUUUGACUCUUGUGCGCCGGAUGAAGGAUCUCAAGAAGAGGGAGAACGACUGUGACUGUGCCUCAGACUGCUCCUGUUCCUGCUCCAUCUGCACCAGAUACAAAGAUCAGUCUCAGUACCAGUCCCAGCACCUAGACAGAGUCAUGGAUGGGGAUAUAGACAGCAUCAGUAGCCUCAUCCACCACCACGUCCCGGAAGCCAAAUUGAUCGAGACAAUUGGUCAGGAGCUGACCUACUUGCUCCCCAACAAGGGCUUCAAACAUCGAGCGUACGCCAGCCUGUUCAGGGAGCUGGAGGAGACGCUCACUGACAUGGGCCUCAGCAGCUUCGGCAUCUCUGAUACUUCACUUGAAGAGAUCUUCAUAAAGGUCACAGCAGACGGAGAAGCAGCGAGUCAUGCCAUCACUCCUGAGCAGUGGAUGUUGAAGCGAAGAAAAAAAAGCAACAUGGUUGGUGAUGAAGAACAUAAUGGUGCUAUCAAGGCCAAUGGCACUACUGUUGAUGCAUCAGACAGCAGUGCAGGACGGGGCUCCAGGCAGGUGAAAGGGUUCCCUCUGACCCUGAAGCAGUUCCAUGCGUUGCUUGUGAAAAGGUUUCACCACGCCACAAGAAGCAAGAAAGACUUCCUGGCACAGAUCGUCCUGCCUGCCAGUUUUGUCCUCAUAGCUCUGAUCUUCACCAAGAUUGUCCCUCCAUUUGGAGAGUACCCAAGUCUGACUCUGACCCCCUGGAUGUACGGACAGCAGUUCACUUUCUUCAGUAACGAGCAACCGUUUGACCCCAAAAUGAAACGCUUCACAGAGCGCUUACUGAACAGACCGGGCCUGGGGACACGCUGCAUGGAGGGGGAACCACUUGGAAUGACGUGUAGUAACAGCACCUCACAGUGGGAGGACCCUGACGUCUCCCCCGUAGUCAGCGACAUCUUACAGAGUCCAGAGUGGAACAAGAGGAACCCGUCUCCGACCUGCCAGUGCAGCACCAGUGAGAAGCUCACCAUGAUGCCUAUCUGUCCUGCUGGAGCCGGAGGUCUUCCUCCUCGCCACCGAAUCGAGGCUUCGGGAGACACGAUGCUCGAUCUGACGGAGAGGAACAUCUCGGACUACCUGGUGAAAACCUACCCCGGCCUCAUCCGAGCUAGUUUGAAGAGCAAAUACUGGGUGAAUGAACAAAGAUAUGGAGGUCUGUCAGUAGGAGGACAGCUUCCCAUCCUGGACGUCGACCCCCAAACUAUCCGGAACGCUUUCCACCAGCUGGGACAAAUGCUCAACAUCACAGGGGGUUACUAUUCACGGCUCGCACUGAGGGAGAUCGGUCCUUUCUUACGAUUCAUGGAGAGUGAAUUCAAUAUUAAGGUGUGGUAUAACAACAAAGGCUGGCACGCCAUGGUGGCUUUCAUGAACGUGGCCAACAACGCCAUCCUGCGGGCCUUCCUCCCCCACUCUGCAAAGCCCGUCGAGUUUGGCAUCACCGCCAUCAACCACCCUCUGAACCUCACCAAAGAGCAGCUCUCUGAAGUCACAGUGUUGACCACUUCAGUAGACGCUGUGGUGGCGAUCUGUGUCAUUUUCGCCAUGUCCUUCAUCCCUGCCAGCUUUGUCCUCUACCUCAUCCAGGAGCGUGUGACCAAGGCCAAACACCUGCAGUUUGUGAGCGGCGUCAGCCCUUUGGUGUACUGGGUGGCCAACUUCUUCUGGGACAUGAUGAACUACACUCUCAGCACUGCAAUGGUGGUUGGCAUUUUCAUGGCUUUUGACAAAAAAUGUUACACAUCACCAUCCAACCUGCCCGCCCUCGUAACACUCCUUCUACUUUAUGGGUGGUCAGUUACGCCCAUGAUGUAUCCCAUGUCUUACAUUUUCAACAUCCCCAGUACUGCGUAUGUGUCACUCUCCUGCAUCAACCUGUUCAUAGGCAUCAACAGCAGCGCCAUCACCUUCAUCCUGGAGCUUUUCGAAAACAAUCGGCCUUUGCUGAUGUUCAAUGAGUGGCUGAAGAAAGGCCUGCUGGUGCUCCCUCACUUUUGCCUGGGGCGAGGACUCAUCGACAUGGCCAUGAACCAGGCUGUUACUGAUGUCUAUGCCAGAUUUGGUGAAGAGUUCACACAGGACCCUUUCCGCUGGGACUUUGUGGGGAAGAAUAUCGCUUUCAUGGCGGUGGAAGGCUUUGUGUACUUUAUUCUCAAUCUUCUGAUCCAGUACCGCUUCUUCAUUGACCACUGGUUAUCAGAGAGCAAACACAGUCAGAAACAAGAUGAGGACGUAGACGUGGCAGCAGAGAGGAGGAGGAUUAAUGAAGGAGGGAGCAACACAGACAUCCUGCAGAUCAGAGACCUCUCUAAGACGUAUGUGGGCAGGAAGAGGGCAGCUGUGGACCAGAUUUGUGUUGGUGUUCCUGCAGGAGAGUGUUUUGGUCUCCUGGGAGUUAAUGGAGCUGGAAAGACGACGACCUUCAAAAUGCUGACUGGUGACACUGAUGUCAGCUCUGGGGAGGCCACUGUGGCUGGAUACAGCAUCCUGUCAGAGAUUCUGGACGUGCACCAGAACAUGGGCUACUGCCCUCAGUUUGACGCCAUUGAUGAGCUCCUAACCGGCAGGGAGCAUCUGUACCUGUAUGCUCGUCUCAGAGGGGUACCAGAGUCUGAGAUCCCCAGAGUGGCAGAGUGGGGCAUCCAGAAGCUGGGUCUGACUGAAUAUGCGGGCCGCUGUGCGGUGACCUACAGCGGAGGCAACAGGCGCAAACUCUCCACAGCCAUCGCCAUGAUUGGCUGCCCAGCUUUGGUGCUGCUGGACGAGCCCACGACGGGGAUGGACCCUCACUCUCGACGCUUCCUGUGGAAUGCCAUCAUGAGUGUGAUUCAGGACGGCAGGGCGGUGGUGCUUACAUCACACAGUAUGGAGGAGUGUGAGGCUCUCUGCACUCGACUGGCCAUCAUGGUCAACGGGACAUUCAAGUGUCUGGGCACAAUCCAACAUCUCAAAUACAAAUUUGGUGACGGCUAUGUAGUGACCAUGAAAAUCAAGGCAGCUAAAGCGGGCUCGUCCCCAGACCUGCAGCCUGUAGAGAACUUCAUGGAGAGCAGCUUCCCUGGCUGCAUUCAGAGGGAGAAGCACUACAACACGCUGCAGUACGAAAUCGCCACCACCUCUCUAGCCAGGGUAUUUCAGCUAGUGGUGGCCAAUAAAGAGAGACUCAGCAUCGAAGACUACUCUGUUUCCCAGACAACACUGGACCAGGUGUUUGUCAACUUUGCCAAGCAACAGACAGGAGAGGAUGAAGACGUUACGUUACAACGACGAACAGCGUGCGGAAGAAAAGACGUAAAGAUCUCACCUGUGCAGAGAAAAACAUAAAAAAUGUCUCCUGUACACAAUCACAGAAGUAGAGGUGGUACUCUGCUGGGAGAUAAUAUAACAUUCCUAUUUAUACAAUGUAAAUAGCCAAAUUGCUUUGUUAGAGAUUAUGUUAAUGGAAAAGCCUUGCCAGUGAUCAGCAAAAAGUCAAUAGUAGUGCAAUUCCUUUUCCCAUUCACAGAACAAUGUUAUACCCUAUGACUGAAAACAUCUGAUCCAUAUUUGAUCAUGCAACACCAUGCAUGCAUGUCUGACACAAUACUUUGACUUAACAACUGAAACUGAUGCAAAACAUGCUGGUUCUAAAUCUGAGCAAAUGAAAAAGAAAGAUCUUUUUUUUUUAAAUUGUUUUACUGGCCUGUAUACAUUUGUACAUACUGUAUGUGUAAUGAAUGCUUAAAGGGUUGGUUCAAAUUUUUUUUUAAGUUGGGUUGUAUGCAGCAGUUUUCAACGGUCUGUGUAUUUCCUACAGUAGAUGGUCGUUGUUUUUUUCUCUGAGUUUGAAGAAACCAGGGCUGGUUACAUUCAGACAAAAAAACGUGCUGAUGUAUACAGCAGGGGGGAAAAAAGCUGUGUUUAUAGGAAGUGGGCGUGGCCACUGUUAUGACACCUGGUACUGUCUGGACUACCAUUUGAGGCUGCUGGUUUGCCAUCUAGUUUAUUGAGCUUGGUUUGCAAUGUGCUUUUAUAAUUCUUGGUAAAUGUGACAUACACUUGGAUGAUUAUUCUGACAUUCUACAAAGAAAUGAACAGACAUCUCUGUAGAGUUUCAUUUAGAACAAUGAAUGGCUCAAUAAGGCCACCAAGGUGUUGCCUUGUCAACCGUAAACCUAAAGCCACAACCUAAAGCAUCUCUUGCUCCGAUCUAUUUUACUCUAAAAAGGACGAAUACUUAUAAAAAUAUGAAUUAAUUGGAAACUCUGGCACUGUAGCCACUCCACAAAUGGAGGUCGCUGCUAUCAGAGAAGGACCUUAGACAUUAAAAAAAUAUAAUUCAGUGCACUCCUUCUUUCAGACGUGAUCCAAAGAAAGUACUGGAGCGCACAAACCACUUAAGGCAAAUUUAAUUUAGGUUCAAAGGACUAACGUUUCGAUGCACUGUGUCUUCCUCAGAGUCAAACAGUACAGUUACAGAUAAACACACUUCUACUCACAACAAAUCAUCUCUCAGUGGUUAAUGGAAAAGGAAGGAAAGAAGUGAUUUAGACCAGUAGGUUGUUAGGGAAAAAGUUUGAUGAUGUUUGAUGUUUGAAAUAAAAGGAAGUAAGAAGUAUUUUCUGAUAAACGUCAUUAAAAAAUUAUCUUUUUUUUUACCAGUGGGUUCGCGCCCUGCUUGCCAUUAGAAACAAAUGGCGACUUUGCUUUGGCCUCAGUUUCAGACCUGAAGGUUGAUCUAUUUCUUCUUCACAGUGCUUGAAAAAAGAAAAACACAUUUUAGACAUCUAAAAAACACCCACCUUAACACCUACAGUCCUUUUUCCUGUGAACUUGCAUAUUUCCAAAGCUUCAUCUUACCAUCAGACAACAUUUGAUUUUCUGAAACUCAUCUUCUCAGAACUGGUCGUGUGCCAAUUGUCAUCUACUGUAGCUGAUACACUGACAGUAAUUAUUGUAUAUAUAUUAAUAAUGUAUAAAUCCCUUACAACCUCACUCCGGCACUAACCCUUUAAGUACAUUAGAAUAUAUUAUUAUUUUUUAAGUUUACAGUAACACACACACCUCAAUUUUUUUUGUGGCAAAUGUAAACAAAUGUCAUUUAAUGUUGGAUGUUUAUUUCUACACCAUAUUUACUGUAAUGCUUCCAUUAUCCACAGACAUAUGCAGUUGUACAUUAAGGUAUUUCUUACUCCAUUAUCAGUACAAAAAAUAGCAGAGGAUAUUGCUCCUGAAGGAUUGUGGAGGGAAAAGGUAUAUACUAUCACUGUAGAUAAAGAGGAAUUAUAUUUUGUAUGACCCAAUGAAACUAUUUAACAUGCUUUAUACUUCAUGCUCCGCACAGUGUUGACUAGCUGAGUUGUACUACAUCAUCACUCUCAAAUA